ACUGUGUUGAAAGAAAAGGAACUGCAUAUUCAGACAGUGUGAAGUGAAACGCUUUGGAUUUAGGAAACAGGCUAGACAAGGGAGCAGCGCUUUACUUUGAGAGAUGUAACAAUUUUAUAGAUCUUUUUAAAAAAUCGAGGACGCGAUAGUAAACUGUCAUACAGCCAAAUCAAUUUGCAGGGGCGUUAUCUCUGACUCUAAAGUAUAGUCUAUUUUUUUUCUAAAUCAUGCCACGUUGAGAUUACGCCUGUGAUGGGCUGAGCAAACGCAAUGAUCAUCCUCCUCCUGCUCCCACACACUGCCGUCAGACCGCUGAGAGUGGACUCACCGAAAAGUUACCGAAGUUGUCUUUCCUUUUUAUUUUCACAUUCCUGCGCCCUUUACUUCCCCAGUCCUCAGAUCCGAGCUGUCCUCCGACCCGCCCCAGCAUGCCCGUGGACUGACGUCUGAGGAUAUGGCAUCGGCUGUGUUUGAAGGGACAUCGCUGGUCAACAUGUUCGUCCGGGACUGCUGGGUCAACGGGAUCCGGAGACUCAUCAUCAGCCAGCGGGGAGAGGAAGAGGAGUUUUUCGAGAUCAGGACUGAGUGGUCCGACAGGAACAUUUUAUACUUGCACCGGAGUUAUUCCGAUCUGGGUCGGCUUUUUAAAAGACUUGUAGAAUCCUUCCCUGAGGACAGAAGAGACCUAUCCAAGUCUCCACUGAUAGAAGGGCUUGUAAAAAUCAAAGAGGCAAAUGACAUUGAGGAGAAACUGAACGAGGUGGAGAGACUAUUGAAGAAUGCUAUCAACAUGCCAUGCAAGUAUUCCAGGUCAGAGGUGAUGCUGACAUUCUUUGAGCGGUCGCCGCUGGACCAGGUGCUGAGGAAUGACAAAGUGCACAGAAUCCAGCCAUGUUUUCAGAGUCCAAUCAAGAUAUCAGAAAUCAUGCGGUCUAAUGGAUUCUGUCUGGCCAAUACAGAAACCAUCGUAUUUGAUCACAGUAUCCCUGAAGAAAAGGAGAGACCUUCAUCCACUGACUCAGUGGAACAUACGUAUGAGGAUGGAACAGAGUUUUUGCCAAUGGAAGCAGACGUGUGUGAUGAGGAAACAGAAGCGUAUGUCACCAACCUUUCCUACUACCAUCUGGUCCCUUUUGAAACUGACAUCCUGGAGUGAGAUAUUUACACCACAGACGAUUGCCAAUGGGUAUUUGAUGCUCUUAUAUGGAUCUGAGCUAUGCAGUGGUGCUGCGCAUAGCUGCUCCAAGUUAAUGCUGCUGCUUAGUGUAGCAUCCUCAUCCUCAUUCCUGGAGUCAGGCAGACCAACAAUGUGCACCAAAAUAUUGAGAGAAUGCAACAGCAGCACCACUUUGUGUUUUGCCAUUUUAUGUGACGUCACCAGUGUGCCUCAUCCAUAGCCUUACUUGAGUAUAUUUAAACAAAUGAAAAUAAGACGGAUAAGUCUUCAGAAGGCUUUCAGCGAUGUGGCACAACCCACAGCAGCAGAGUGGAGUCCUUUAAAAGUAUUGAAAUUUAAUGUCUCAGUGCUGAUAAGCAGUGAGGACUCAACAUUGACUGAAAUUUGGAAACUAAUUAACCUUAUUGGACCAUUCAAUGAUACCCAUAUCUUUGCUGAAUUUACCAGUGCUCUUUCUUUUAUCUUACUGUGCACUGCCUGUUCUCCAGUGGACCUCCAUAAUGGCAUCAGUCAAGUUUUGCUUGGAGAUUUGCGAUGCACCUGCAUCUUCUCCUUUAACCUGCUCCCUCAAGUGUUAUCCACAGUGUUAACUACUCUGGUGUUUGUUUGCUGUGGUAAUGCAGGAAACUGGCAUGAAGUUUUGUGUAUGAUCUUUGUUUAUGGUGCAAUUUCCACCAGCAUUUUGGAAGUUUUUUGUUUGUUUGUUCGUGUACCUGCUUAAAACUCCUGUUUUGUUGCUGUGAUAUGCAAUAGGUUCUUUGGCAUGAUAGUACUCAAAGAUCCAGGUGAAACCAGGCAUAUAAUUUAGCUACCUCUAAGCUAAGUGAAUUUAGGAAAUUAGCCAUCUAAAUUUAAGAUAAAACAAAGUGUUGUGACUUUAAGCUGCUGUUAAAUUGAGCAAAAAGAGAGCUUGAGCUAUGGAUACAUUUUUCAUAGCUAUAGGUGGGUGCUCCUGUUUCACUUGGUUCUUGGACUGCUGUCAAUUUAAAGAACAAAAAAGAAAUAUUAAGUGCCAUUAUCAUUGUGUUACAACACACUCUUUCCAAAGUGAGAACUUAAUGCUGCCUUUUCUGAUGUUGGUGAGAAAUUUUAAUGAAGUUUUGUCUGAAUAAUAAAUUAGAAUUCAUUAUGUGUUAGCAGUGUAGCUUGUAAUGUUGCUUAUUUUAUGUUUAUAAACAAAUAAUUAUUAUCAGUGUAGAGAAUGAGUGUUGCCAUUAUGUGGAUAACUGAAUCAUCUCACUGCUGUUGUUUCCAUCUGAUGAGUGAUAAAAUAGGGCAAAGAAAGCUUUGUUUUAUGGGUCAACCGAGGUCAUGUUUGACCCACUGUGUAAGAUGACGUGAGUGGGUUCAGUCAGACAGCUGACUGCAGAGAACGUGGGAGUCUGCAGCUCGGCCUGCGAUGGGGGGAACAAGUCCUCUCUUUUUCUAAAGAAGACAAACAACCUUGCUGUACUUUCUAUAGGAAAAGUUGUGUGAAAUAGGCACUUGAUUAAAAUUCAUGCCUUUUGUAUGUUUUAUGGGUCCUCCCACAAUGAGGAGGGUGCUUUCACUUCUGGAACUGAAACUGUGGAGCUCAGUGGAGCAUUACAAAAUACAUGUUUGUGUAGGGUUAAUUGUAUAGAAGUCAGUCUGUAUUCCUUGUUUUGACAGUUUUGUCUAUGCAGAGGUCACUGUGGCCUUACAAUGUAGGCUAACAGCUUGUGUCCAGUUUUCUGCCCUCCUAAAUACAAAGGCAUUCAACCCUCACAAACUUGGCACACAAGACUUCAACAGGAUGGUCCUCCCCAUGAGUCUAUUUAGUAACACAGUCAUGAUCACUAUUCACCCCGUGAGAAAGUACAGCUCUUUCUCAGGGUGUGAAACUAUUUCAUGCUCUUUUUUUGUGGUCUUUAUUUUGAAUUGAUGGAUGUUUCUUGGACAUAAAGGUUUCUGUUGUACAAAGCAGCAUACAUCAAGGCAUUGAUCAAGAUUAUUCAAUAACAACUAACUGGAAUUUGUAAUUAGAUUUUUCAUGCCAAGGUCAAAUUUUCUCUUGAUGUUUCCAAUGACCUCACAUUUAGAGACCAAAGUAUAUUAACACCCCUCCGUCUACCUUAAGGACCUUUGUAAGCUUGUGCAAUCAGUGCAUUUUAAAUAUUCCUCCACAGUUUCCAUGAAGUUAUGACUAAAAUGGUACUCAGCUGAUUUAGUGCAGUGACAGGAAUGAGUAACAAAAUGCUACUCCAGUUUCAGUGAAUUCAAUGAACAUAUCACUACACCCAUCAGUGUCAGCUGGGCGGUGCGGAUUCAGAGGAGGAGAACAUGACAGAUAAGACGAAAAUAAUGCUUCACUUAAGGUUUUAUUUAUUUUCUAAACUCCAGCCACGCUCUGUGAAGCUAACCAUUCUCUGCCUUGUGACGCUUUGUAUGUUUAUGUUCUCAUGUGUGAUGUGAGAUGUAUAAAUGUGUCAUAAAGACUGACUAAAUAUGAUCUUAAUUAUGAACGUUGAAAAUGAAGUUUAUGUGGUCACGUUUGAUAACUUUAAAGCUAUUCAGACAGUAUUAGAUACAAAUUAUUAUUCUCAAAGCUUCUCAAAACAAAUAAAUAUGUUUUCAAUAAAAGAAA